GAUCACUAACAACACGGUCUCUACGCAGAGGAUUUAACUUGUUUCAUUUUGCCGCUUAGUUCAAUCCUGGUUCUAUUAUCAACGCGCAACCGACAAGAUGGUGUUUUCUGGUAAAGUUCUUCUGUUGCUGUGCAGCUUAGCGUUGGCACUGACUGUUACUUGGUCGAAAUCUCCCGAACACCGACACCACCACCAUCGCCACCAUCAUCACCAUCACCGUCAUCACCACCACCAUCAUCACCACCGAGGAGCUGCCGACGCGGAGCCAGUGCUGCUGGAGGUGUUCUACGAAACUCUGUGCCCCAACAGUAUCGCGUUUAUUAAGAAUCAACUAUACCCGACCGUGCAGCAGAUCAUCAGUAUUGUAAACGUAUCUAUGGUCCCCUACGGGAAAGCAACGCAAACGAAAGACGGAGAUAACUGGGAUUUCACCUGUCAGCAUGGACCUCGCGAAUGCGUCGGAAACAUUGUCGAGUCAUGUGCGCUGAAGUACAUCCCGCAAAACGUAGUGGACCCGGCGACAAAUAUUCCCCGCGUGCUAACGCUGAUUAAUUGCAUGGAAACGGCGACGGAUCCGUCUUCCGCCGGACCUGAUUGUGCCAAACAACAAGACAUCGACUUCGCCCCAUCGACACCUGCUCCACCAGCUCCGAAGGAAACCAGCUGGAGCACGUGAUGGGCGUGCGCACCGAAUCUCUGGAUCCCCAGCUGACCGCCGUUCCGUGGAUAGUCGUCAACGGGGUGCACAAUCAACACAUCCAGUCGCAGGCACUGAUUGACCUUUUAGACCUUAUCUGCGAGACAUAUACGGGAAUUAGGAAGCCAGUCCCGUGCUACUGAUAAACUGGUUGUAAUACUAACGGCAAUCGGCGUGUGAUUUCACCUAAGACUCAGACUUCGGCAAUCCGGGCAUACCUGGUCUUGUGAUUGGUUGGGCAGACGCGACGUGCAAAGAUUUUUAUUUCGUUGUUUUGAUAUUUUUAGUUUUUACGUACGUUGGAGAUGCAAACUAGUUUUUGUUUAUUAAUGACCUGCCUUCUUCUAACAUGACAAUGUUGCUUGAUCGUGUUGCAACUAAAAAAAAGCUGGAUAUAAACCAACGAAACGCCCUAA